AUUUUUCCUCGUGGACAGUCUCAAAUUAUCUACGAAUUUUUUCAGCCGCUUUCGGACAUCGAACAAGUCACCAAGGUAAGAGUGACUUAAUCGUAUGAAGUAUGUUGGAAAUAUUCAAGAGAGUUAGCCUGAAGAAGUCUGGUCAAAAUCUUUGCGCCUCCGGCCUAGCGAGACGCCUUGAAAUACUAAUAACAUAAUUUUUUCAAGGAGCUGCAGGCGAACAUCUGAAAUUUACCAACAGAGACAAAAUAUUGCCAAAAAAAACGAUAUCAUAAUACGUUUAUUAUUGAGCUUUCUUUAAAGAAAGAAGUCUGUAUCUAAUUGAAUGUUAUUCUUAAGGAAUUAAAUCACGAUUUAACGAGAAUCCAGUUUUAAACUACUAAAAUUCUGAGACUUGUAUUGCACAAGUUCAGUUUUCAGAAGGAAUUGCAUUGAUUAAGCUCUCGUAAGGUUUCAGGAGUGAAAAUUGGAUUUUAACGUGAGAGGAAAGCAUACAAUUUAUGUCUGAAGACUGAAACUUUUUCACACCGGUCCUAUUUCAAUAACAGCUCGCCACAUCUUAAGUAUGUCAGUCUCACUUGAGAGAUAAUCUGUUAACAUACGUUUUCCUUUGGCUGGUUUGAACCUAAUUAAACCCACCAGUUUAGGAAGCCUUUUCGUUUCGGUUUCGGUACAAGAUAUAUUUUUAAAAUAUAUUUUUUUUCAAAGACAUUUCAUGCAGCGACUGAAAGCACACUUUUCACCUGCUUCUGUUUGUCAAAUAUAGAUAACACUUCAUAAUUUUUUUGCAAAAAAAAAAACAAAAACCUUGCGUUUUUGCGUGAAUUUUCCCAAAAUGAUUUAUCGUAGUAUAGGUACUCACUGAACAAUGGAGAAGAAAGGUUUUGUUCAGAAAUUCAUUGAUAAUGCUAAAGGAAGUCUUAUUCAUAUUCAAAAAUUUAAAUUUUAACAAUUGUUCAGGAAAAUAAGUUUCCCCUCAUAACAGACACUGAGCAACAUGAAACUUUAUCCUUGCCAAAGCAGCAAAAAAGUUAAAGAGCAGUCACAUGUAAAUGCAAAGUUUUGCUAUACAUUGCCACCUUAAUCUUGAAGCAAUAUAUGCAGCAGCUGUUGUUAGCUAAAGUUUUCACCUUCUGUGAAGCCAAAGGAGCCAUUUGAUUCAUUUGGAUAAUUGAAUUUUCUCAGAGAGCAUAAUUUCCUGUUAGCCUUCAGAUGCAAUCAAUAUGUCACUGCACACAAAAGUUAUUUUGAUUAUGUAUUUCUACCUUGCAAAAUUCUCAUGCAAAUUUUGCAAGAAGAAAUAUGAAAAUUAAGUCAAGGUUUUUUUUCUCCUUUAAAUGGCUUUUGAGAUGUGCAAAUUAAUUUAAUGUUUCUGAACAUGAUGAUGCUGUGCAUGAACUCCACUGCUAAAGGUAAAUUUAAGGCUCUAGAAUUGAAAUUAUCUUUUUUUAUUACCCAUGGAUAAAACUCUGACAUAAACUCACCAGGAGCAGAAGUAAUUCAACCAUGUCAAGGUGACUCACUUGAAAAUUUAAGCUUAAUUGCUUUAUCUUUCACCUCAAUUUUGUCUUUUCCUUCUCAGAUUUAAUGGAUGCAUUAGUGAUUUUCAAGGUCAAGGGUUUGAUCACCCAAUUGGGCAGGAAAAUAUUAUUACUACCUUUAGAGAGCAGAAACACAAAUAAGUUUGAAUAUACCUUGGAGUAGUGUUACUCAAAAUUUGAAUGUGGUUGACAUUGUUUUCCACUGAAUGCAUGUGAUGAUCUGGUUGCUGCUGUGAAUGAGUAACUUCUGCUUACUUGUUACAUAUAAAUUUAAGAUGGAAAAAACUUAACUUAAGCUUGUUGUAUUCUUUUGUAGCUAUCACACCAUUUUGAUGUGUACAAGACAGAUUCUUCAAAACUUGCUUUUAUGGAUCUAAACCAUGGCUUCCAUUUUCCAAUAAAAAAGAAACAGUACAGAUUGGUUUAAAAUGGAGGAUAAAGAGCAAAUCCUUGAUGAAGACAAUGAUACUGUGGAAUCAGAACAGGAGCAGAGUGAAAAGCCUGAUGGAGGGUGGGGUUGGGUGGUUUGCUGUGGUACCUUCAGUGUCAACUUUAUAGUGUUUGGUAUUCAUAACUCAUUUGGUGUUGUGUACGAGUAUUUGGUAGAUGAACAACACAUGGGAGAAGCUGAGACAGGUAAGAACAAUAACUAGCUGGUAAGCCUGCAUGUGAGGUCUGCACUGUAAAUUAUAGACUGAGUUUUAUCCAUGUUCAUGUUUGUGCCUUAAAUCCAAGAGGGGAACACAAUGUUGCAUAACUUGAAGUACAGAUCAUAAAGACAAGGUUAGGGAGGUCUUGAAUUUCCCUCUUCUCACAUAGAGUUGCUUGGAGUGUUGAGUGAUGCAGAACAAGUCAGAUCCAAAUCAUUGUCCAGUUUUAUUAUGAUUUUCUUAAUCCUUAUACUCCAAUGAGUGACCAAGACAGAUCUUCUACCUACAAUAUGAAUACAAUAUCAAGCACACAAUUAAUGUUAAUAAGGAAAAUUGACAUUAAGGAGAUUGAUUUUUUUUUUCAAUCACUUUCACCAUGAUGGUGCAGAACACAUAACAGAGCAAGGCUCCAAAUUAAGUCAGUGCCCUUAUGAUAGGCACUGUGAGAAUGAAAUGGCCUGCCCAAGAACGCAAUGUAUUGUCCAAGCCAGGUCUUGAACCCAGGCCUCUCAACCCAGAGUCCAUUACAUUGAGCACCACACCUCCCAUAAGGAGGGUUGAUCAACUUGAAAUCCUCCAGAUGAAAGGAAAGUCUUCAAUUUAUCAAUUUUAUCAAACUGCAUUGUUCACUGUGACAGGAUUCAUCUCAGUCUAUAAUUUGUUCUUCCAAUGGUCUAAUUUGGCAUAGUUUUUAACUUACUGCAUGGGUGUAAUAUUUUAUUGUCAAGUUUCUUAACCCUUUCACUCCCAAGAUCUCAUUAGUAAUUCUCCUUACUGUCUGCCAUACGGUUCUAGUGAUGUUUGUUUGGAGAAUUUGGUAAUGGAUCAACUUAUAUUCCUUUAAUUUCUAUUUUUCUUUAUUCUCAUCACUUGUCUGCUUGAUAUUGUAUUGAUAAUGUAAAGAGAAAUUCUGUCUUGAUCACUCAUGGGAGUUAAAGGGUUAGUUUAAUUUGGGAUGAAUUUAUUAAGUAUUUAAACCCUUCAUGAUUUGCCGGUGUCAAUAUAUUUACCAGAUAUGGCCAUUUAGACAUUUAAAAAUAAUGUUUCCUUGUUUUGUUUAAAUUUAGGUUAUAAGAGUAACAUUUCUUAGGCCACAGAUUGAUGGCAUGUUAAGUUAACUACUCUUAAAACAUUACCUGUAGUUUUCCAGUGUAACUGAUCUUUUCUGCAUAUAAUUUGCAUUGAAACUGCUCAGGUUGUACACCAUUUAGCAGCAGCCAUUAGGUAACAUUUUAGGACACUUUCAUAAUAGGUGUAUUUAUUCAUAAAUGUAACCGCUGACAUGGUAGCAUUGCUUUUUCUGUUCCUUAUUUCUCCUUAGCCUGGGUUGGUGCAAUGGCCGGUUCCCUCAACUUCUUGUGUGGUCCGCUGUGCAGUAUUUUGUGUGAUCGCUUUGGAUGUCGUCGAGUAGCGUUUGUUGGCGCCCUUCUAUCUGUAACUGGACUUUUUCUUACGUCGCUUGUGACUCGCUUACAUUACAUGUACCUUACCUAUGGACUUCUUUGGGGGGUGGGGUCGAGUUUUUCCUUUGUACCUUCCAUCGUGAUGUUAGGAGAAUACUUUGAUAAAAGACUGGCACUAGCGAAUGGAUUAGGUACCAGCGGAAGUGGAGUGGGUUCAUUGGUCGCCUCGCCUGCCAUCAAUUACUUACUCUGGGUCGUCGGAUGGAGUAACUCUCUGCGCAUACUUAGUGGAGUCGCAGCGUUUCUUGUUGUGGCGUGCUUUCUCUAUAAACCGCUGAAAACAAGACAGCGUGACAGAGCCGUGACAAAACAGUGUAGCCAGUUGUGUGACGUUUCAAUUUGGAGGAACCGGGCUUACGUAGCCUGGGUACUAACAGUAGCGUUAUUUCAGUUCGGAUAUCCGGUCCCUUUCGUCCAUUUGGUAAGUUAGGAGACCUUCAUGCGCUGUUUGUGGCGUGGUGCCAUGGUGACUAUAAAAGGAACUUACUGUUAGUAAUUAUUUGGUAACGUAAUAAUUCUUUGGCAGUUUGCGCGCAAGGUAUAGGAAAACAUUGCAUGGCACACAGAAAAGAAAAAAAGAAAAUCCAAGCGGGAAAAAAAAAAUUAUAAUUGAGCAAUUUGAGGGAACCAAAAUUAGGUUGCGCAACGUAGUGUCAUCUUCACUGAAUCUUUCUUCUACUGUCGACGAUUGAGGAAGAUUGUGAGCAGCGUGGUGAACAUUGUAAAAGUUACCAAUGGCGUAAGUCCAUUUUCUGCAAAAAAAUAAAAUAAAAAAACCACACAAAAACCCAAUUAAAACUCCUUCAAUCGCUCUGACGAAGGGCUAACGCUCAAAACGACAGCCUUUAAAAUCUUUACGGUGACCAAUUUGCGUUAUCAACUCAGUUGAUAACACUAAAUUACCCUGUUACAUAUACUAUUUCCUUUGCUCUUGGCGUUCUUUUUUUCAUCUGAUGCUCAAAAGAAAAGAAAAAAAAAACCAGCUGCACUUAAAACAUCCUUCUAACGUGGUCUGGAAAAAAGAGUUUUCUCAAUACUUGGCACAAAUGAUUAGGACAAGCUUCAAAAUUGCAACAUAAUGACUGCUUUAAUUCUUCGUUCCUUUACUUACUCGUUUAUUUUUUUGUUGCAGUAUUAUUCGAUGCUUAUUUGAAGGCUGCCAUUCGCGAGUAAAUCAUAUCUUGGCUUAUUAUUUUUUUACUUUCAGUUCUCUUUGAAUUUUCCAGAAAACAUGACAAAAGCAUAAUUUAAUCUUAAAGUGAUGCAGCAAAUUUGGCAUACAAGUUACAGAAAUAACGCCAAAUCACUAAAAAUGUGAAUAGAAAAUCAUUGACAAACACUGUACGACAGCAGCCCAUUUGUGGCUCAUACUUUGAAAACAAUUCUGAGUAAGCGCUCUAUUAAAGGUGGAUAUGGCGCUUGCUGCUCAACAUCUUGCUUCAAAGUGCAUCACUGUUUGACGGUUGGCACUCUCUCAACCUUACUCAGAAGCUUGCUUUAGUCAUGUCAAUAAGUGUUGUUUACUAAUCUUCCUCUAGGUGAAAUACGCCAAUGAUCUUGGUAUCCCGACUUCCAAAGGAGCAUGGCUGGUCGGUUUCCUUUCGAUCAUGUCUACUGUGGGGCGUGUGAUAUUCGGGAAGAUCUGUGAACUACGAUGGGUCAACAAAGUUUACGUCUAUCAGUUUUCAGUGUUUAUCAUAGGACUUAGCACGAUGAUCUGUCCAAUCACAGAAGGCUACGCGGGUCUCUUGACUUACUCUCUUGUGUUUGGUUUUUUCGAUGGAUGCUUUGUAGGGCAAGUGGCUGUAAUCACUGGAGAAAUUGCUGGAAAGAACAGGCUCUCACAAGCAGUGGGAAAUAUGUUUGGGGUGUUGGCCAUCCCCAUGAGUUUUGGACCACCGGUCGCUGGUAAGAAGAGAAUUAUGUGGCACAUUUUGAAAAUUUCUGCCUUUUAAGCUUAAAACAAACGAACGGGGGAAAAAUAAAUUAUUAAACACUUCUAAUUUCUUCAGCUGAUUUUUCAAACUUUUGUCGUUCUCUUGCUCUCUACCAAGACAGCAUAGUUUAUUUUCAAGGGGAUAAAUAGGUUUUGGGCCCGACCCAAAGUCAAUUACGCCCGAGCCGCUAGGCGAAGGUUAAAAUGUCUUGAAAAAGGGUACAAGACAUAUUUAUGCUCGAGAACAUAAAUUGUAUUACAAUUAUUAUCACUUUGAGAGGGCAUCGAGAAAAUAAAAACAGAAGAAAAAAAAUGAUCAAACGAAAAACAGCCUAAAUGAUCACGCGAGCGUACGAGGGGGCUAACAUACAAUUUAAGCUUUUAAUCUCCAUUUCGGCCCACAAAGUGCGCCACAGUACUUAACAAAGUGAUGAUGAUAGAAAAAAAUAUGCAUUUUUUUCUUUCCAAAGGACCCAAACAUGUAAGAUAUAUGUAAGAAUCUGGGCCUAUAUUUUUUUCUCUACAUACAGGCUGGCUUUACGAAGCUACAGGUUCUUACCACCAGGCAUUCUUUGUGUGUGGAAGUGUGGGCAUCAUGGCUUCUCUGUUUGUCUUUGUCGUGUCUCGUUUGCAUCGAAAUCAAAGACAAUAUUACAUCUCCAGCAGGAGAGGAAGUAAAAAUACGGACUCAAACAAAGAUUGUAGGUAUGAAGGGAGUUUGGAAACUGAAAGUGAAAUGUCUAACAUGAUAGGGGGAGAGACGACAUCUCGUGAAGUCCUCAUCGUCGCAGAUAAAGAAACUGUUCUGUAGUUGCUUGUUUUGUGCGUCACGCAACU